AUGAGCGAAGGUGCUAGUGAUGAUGUCAAUGUACACAAUUCUGGGAAAAGAACAGAAGAAUGUCGUCGCAUGGUCGAUCAUGCCCUCACCCGAAAUCCAGUGGUCAAGUUCAUGGUAGAGAAGCUUGAGGAGGCGGGCUGUCCAGUAGGAGAGAGAUUCUUCAGUUUGGAAUCCUGUUCAGAAGAAGUGGGCGGUGGAUUCAGAGUCCCUGACGGCGUGAUUGUCUGCAGCAACCAUUUGUCAGCCCAGGAAGAGGUGUCUCACGUGCUGACGCACGAGUUGAUCCAUGCUUACGACCACUGCAGAGGCGCAGACCUGGACUGGACCAAUUGUGAACACCACGCCUGCAGUGAAGUGCGGGCUGCCAGCCUCAGCGGUGACUGCCACUUUAAGCAGGAGCUUUUGCGAGGGAACACUGGCUUCAGAGGCCAGCACCAGCGCUGCGUGCGCCGCAGGGCGGAGCUGUCCGUUGGAAUGAAUGAUUACUGCAAGGGCCCAGGAUGUGCUAAGCGGGCAGUGGAUAACGUGUUUGACCGGUGCUUUGCCGACACUGCGCCAUUUGACAGGAUACCUUAGAAUAGGGAAAACGAUUGCACCAGUCCUACCUCCUAGGAACUGAAGUACUCCAGCAAUUGAAUGAGGACGCAUGCUAAGGAUGCCGUAUUAUUGCUGCCAACUUUACUAGGGCAUCUGGACAGCUUCCAAGCUGCUGGAAGCUGACUCCAAGAUGAAAUGGUGAAGUGACAAAGUAUUUGCAACUGCAGUGGAUACAUAUGAAAUGAGCUCUCAUGAGCUGAUCAGCGCUGAUUAGGUUCCCCUGUGACACUAGUCAGUCCAUGGCGAGGUGACCUGAUAUCUUAUAAGUAAUUACUUUCUUAGAUGCUCGUGAUGAGUGAAUGCGAUGAACUUCUUGGAGAUCUUAUUGAUUCUGUGAGGAUGCAAGCACAGCGAUUACACGAUUUGCAAGCCGAUAUCCUCAUUACCAAUGUAAAACCCAGGCAGAC